AAUGGCGCAGAAAGGAGUUCAGCUGGACCGAGAAACCUUCUCUUGUUCGAUCUGUCUGGAUCUACUGAAGGAUCCGGUGGCGACUCCCUGUGGACACAGCUACUGCAUGAACUGUAUUAAAGGUUUCUGGGAUGAAGAGGACGAGAAGAGGAUCUACAGCUGCCCUCAGUGUCGGCAGAGCUUCACCCCGAGGCCCGUCCUGCUGAAAAACACCAUGUUAGCAGCUUUGGUGGAGCAGCUGAAGAAGACUGAAGCUGCUCCUGCUGAUCUCUGCUACGCUGGAGAUGAAGAUGUGGCCUGUGAUGUCUGCACUGGGAGAAAACUGAAAGCUGACAAGUCCUGUCUGCAGUGUCUGGUCUCCUUUUGUAAGCAGCACCUACAACCUCAUUAUGAUUCACCUGCCUUUAAGAAACACCAGCUGGUGGAGCCCUCCGAGAAGCUGCAGGACAACAUCUGCUCUCGUCACGAUGAGGUGAUGAAGAUGUUCUGCCGCACCGAUCAGCAGUGUAUCUGUUAUCUCUGCUCCGUGGACCAACAUAAAGGCCACGACACAGUGUCAGCUGCAGCAGAGAGAGACGAGAAACAGAGAGAGCUCGAGGGGAGUCGACUAAACAUCCAGCAGAGAAUCCAGGACAGACAGAAAGACGUGAAGCUGCUGCAGCAGGAGGUGGAGGACAUCAACGGCUCCGCUGAUAAAGCAGUGGAGGACAGCGAGAGGAUCUUCACCCAGCUGAUCCGUCUCCUGGAGAAAAGCCGCUCCGACGUGAAGCAGCAGCUCAGAUCGCAGCAGCAAACUGAAGUGAGUCGGGUCAGAGAGCUCGAGGAGGAGCUGCAGCAGGAGAUCAGCGAGCUGCAGAGGAGAGACGCUGAGCUGGAGCAGCUCUCACACACAGACCAUCACACCCAGUUUCUACGCAGCUACACCUCACUGUCAGCACUCAGCGAGUCCACACAGUCAUCCAGCAUCAACAUCCGUCCUCUGAGGUACUUUGAGGAGAUGACAGCAGCUGUGUCAGAAGCCAGAGAUAAACUACAGGACGUUCUGAAGGAGACAUGGACAAAUGUCUCACUGGCAGUGACUGAAGUGGAUGUUUUACUGUCUCAACCAGAGCCCAAGACCAGAGCUGAGUUCUUAAAACAUUCAUGUGAAAUCACGCUGGAUCCUCACACAGCACACAGCAUGCUUUUAUUAUCCGAGGGGAACAGAGAAGUAACAAUUGCUGAACAGUCUUAUCCGAGUCAUCCGGACAGAUUCACUGACUGUUGGCAGGUCCUGAGCAGCGAGAGUCUGACUGGACGUUGUUACUGGGAGGUGGAGUGGUAUGGAGAAGACAUUUAUUUAGCUGUCGCAUACAAGGACAUCAAGAGAGAAGGGAGAUCAGAUGAUUGCACAUUUGGACGAAAUGACAAAUCAUGGGCAUUAUAUUCUUAUCGAAAUUAUAGUUAUACAUUUUGGUACAACAAUGUUGAAACUGAUUUGAGUGGUCCUCAGUCCUCCAGAUUAGGAGUGUACCUGGAUCACAGAGCAGGUAUUCUGUCCUUCUACAGCGUCUCUGAAACCAUGACUCUCCUCCACAGAGUCCAGACCACGUUCACUCAGCCGCUCCACGCUGGACUCUGUGCUGAGUUCCAUUAUUCUUUUCGCGCUGAGUUCUGCAAACUCAAAUAG